UGUUGACCAGUAAGAGUCCAAAUCUUCAAUCUCCAGUAACACAAGGAACUAAAGACGGCAUGGGCAUGGGGUUACAAAAUCAAAUUAUUAAUAGCAACAUGCCCAACAAUGUUUGUAUGUCAAAUUCAAUGGCAAAUUCUAUGCCCAUGUCAAUGUCUAAUAGUAAUAAUCAGCCUAUGAGUUCAAUGCAAGGAUUAAAUAGUGCAACAUCAGUAGGGGGAAUGAUAAUGACGAACAGCUCUAUGAAUACAGGUGGGCAUGCAACUAUGGGCGGAGGUGGACUAGUGGUCAAUAGUGUGAAUAAGCAACCACUUUCAGCUUCUCCAAUGAUGGGAGGCCAACCAGGGAUGCAUCACACUCAACAUGGUUUAUCACAGGGAAUGCAGAAUGGACCAAUGAUUGCUCGUGCUACAAUGCAGCCAGGAGGUUUAAUGGGGCCAAGAGUGGUGGGUCAUCAUAUAGGAGGGCCGCGUAUGCAGGCACCAAAUAUGCCUAUGGGCCAAAUGGGAAACAUGCAAGGUCCACCUUAUGGAUACAGUGGAAACAGCCCAGUGAAUGUUAAUGCAAUGAAACCCCAACUACCAGUUGCGGUUGGCAUUGUAGCACCACAGCAAAGAGGACCUAACAUGGCCACAUUACAAAACCGUUUUGUUGCCACUAACACAGCUGUGAAUGUACCAGGAGCUGGACAGCAAGUAGGAAAUGCUGGUGUUCCAGGUUCUAUUCAACCAGGAGUUGUUGGCAAUACUGCAACUACUAGUGAAGGAGGUAUGGCAGGCCAAACACAACCUCCUGCACCCUCUCCAGCUCAGCCGCAAUCUGGUGCUCCUAGUGGGUCUCAACCUGGACCACAAACAGCAACACAACAAAUGAACCCAUCUCCUGCAACUGGCUUAGCGGAUCCCGAAAAGCGCAAAUUGAUUCAACAGCAAUUGGUUUUACUUUUGCAUGCACACAAAUGUCAACGGAGAGAAUCUAUGGCAAAUGGUGAAACUGGUCAGUGUAGUUUGCCUCAUUGUAAAACAAUGAAGGGUGUUUUAAAUCAUAUGACUACAUGCCAAGCUGGAAAAAGCUGUGGUGUUGCUCAUUGCUCAAGUUCACGACAAAUUAUUAGUCACUGGAAACAUUGCACAAGAUCUGACUGUCCAGUUUGUUUGCCAUUGAAACAGGCAGAUAAAAAUAGAAAUAAUAACACUAAUGCUGCCACUAAUCCUAUACCGAAUAGUCAAACUCCAAAUCCUUCUCCUUCAGACAUGAGGAGAGCAUAUGAUGCUCUUGGAAUAACACCUCCUGGUCAACCUGGUGGUGCUAUAUUACCAAAUAGUUGCAAUAUGGCAGGUCAAGGACCUAGACCAGUUCGACUUGUUGCUCCUGUAGUUUUGGGUUCUACCAACCAGUCUAAUAUGACUCAAGUUCGUGUAUUGGGUCCUAACCAGAAUCAAAUAGGCACUAAUCAAAACCAAGUGCUUGCACCAAAUGUUAGUUUACCUUUGAGUUCGGAUCCUUCCUCAAAUCCUAUUAGUCAAUCAGGAGUUCCGGUACCGUCAGUUUCUCAAACAUCAACAAGUUUACAACAGUCUGUUAAUAUGCAGUUAUUUGGAGGAUCUGAUCAGCAAGCUAAUUCAGUUUUAGGAGGUGGUGUCUUGGGAGGCAAUAAUCUGUCUUUACCAAGUGGUUUGCAAGCUGGGCAAGUGACAGCUGCUCCUGUGCCUGGAACCAAAGAAUGGCAUCAGUCUGUAACGCCUGAUUUAAGGAAUCACUUAGUUCAUAAACUGGUACAAGCAAUAUUUCCGACUCCGGAUCCCCAAACUAUGCUUGAUAAACGUAUGCAUAAUUUAGUGGCAUAUGCACGGAAGGUAGAAGGUGAUAUGUAUGAAGCAGCUAAUUCUCGAUCAGAAUAUUAUCACUUAUUAGCUGAGAAAAUUUAUAAGAUACAAAAAGAGCUAGAAGAGAAACGCCUUAAGAGGAAAGAACAGCAGCAAAUGCAACAGCAACAGCAGCAACAAGUGGGUGUUGUUGGACAAGCAAUGAGAGCGACAGGCCCACAAAUUCUAUCUCCAAAUCUAGUUCGUGCUCCUGGACAACCUAACAUGCCAGGUGCUGUAAUACCAAAUCAGCCAAAUUUGCCUGGCCACAAUCUUCCUGUUCAACAACAAAAUAUUACAGGAAAUACUUCACAAGGUAUUCCAACUCACUCCCCUGGCAUGAAUAUAAAUUUACCAAUUAGGGCACCCUUUUCUGGACAGCAUAAUAUGGUGGUUGGACAACCCGGCCAAAGUCCCAACAGCAAUAAUAUGACUCAACCAAAUAUGGUUGUACCAAAUUCAGGCUUGUCACCUUUUGGACAGACUAUUGCACCAAGUCCUAAUAUGACUCCUCCUACAGCUACAACUCCAAAUGUGCCUGGAAACAAUCAAUUUUCAAAUUCGAAUGGACCAAGUAUUCCGACAACAUCUCCGGCUCCUAAUAUGCAAUAUCCUGAUGUUAUGAAAGCUCGCUUGGCUGCUGCUCAAGCCUCAGCUUCAGUUAAUACAUCUGCAAAUCAGGCAACUGUGCCUUCUCAAGGACCCUUUGGGAAACACUCAGCAAACAAUAUGCAAUUUAAUAACAUGCAACAGAAUAAUCGAGUAGGUGGUCCAAUGCCACCAACUCCAACAUCAGAAAAUCAACUUUCCCAAGUUCCUGUGCCGAGUCCAAGUCCUAAUAUGGUACCUUCAAAUACAUCAGUGCCUAGUACAAUGCCUGGAACACCAAAUAUGGCAUCCACAUUGCCACCCCACCCAGAUCAAACACCUCCACCUAGCCUUACAUCUCCAGUUUCGAAUAGUAACGUGACCCUGGGAAAAAGAAUUGGGGCCGAUAGAUCUUCAUUGAAUUCCAGAAGUUCACAAAUGGCUGCACUUGUGGCUGCUGCUAAUGAUCAAGAAGAGGAAACAUCUCCUUCUCCAACAAAGCAAAGUGGUAAAUUGGAAAUGAAGUAUGAGAGUGCUGAAAUUAAAAGAGAAGAGGGAGAAUCAAAUCACAUGACAAAGGGGGACAACUCCAGCAAUGGUGUUAAAACAGAAAUUAAAACUGAACCUAUGGAAGAUGGAGAGAUCACAGUUAAAGAAGAGAUUAAAGAGGAACCUGGAACACCUAGAUCACAAAGUGAUAUAAUGGAUAUUAAGCCUAUGGUUCCUGAACCCAUUCAAUCAAGUGUUCAAGAUAAGAAACGGAAAUGCUUAUUUAAACCUGAAGAACUUCGCCAAGCAUUAAUGCCAACCUUAGAAAAAUUAUAUAGGCAAGAUCCAGAAUCUUUGCCAUUUAGAGAACCAGUGGAUCCAAUUCUUUUAGGAAUACCUGAUUACUUCAAUAUAAUAAAAAAACCUAUGGAUUUAUCAUCUAUUAAAAGAAAGUUGGACACAGGACAAUACAGUGAUCCAUGGGAAUAUGUAGAUGAUGUAUGGCUUAUGUUUGAUAACGCCUGGCUUUAUAAUAAGAAGACUACAAGGAUACACAGACACUGUACAAAACUAUCAGAAGUCUUUGAGCAGGAAAUCGAUCCUGUCAUGCAAGCAUUGGGUUACUGUUGUGGACGUAAAUACACUUUUAACCCCCAAGUACUUUGCUGUUAUGGUAAACAAUUGUGUACAAUACCGAGGGAUGCAAAAUAUUUCAGUUACCAGAACAGGUAUACGUUUUGCCAAAAAUGCUUUAAUGAUAUACCAGGUGAUACAGUAACUUUGGGUGAUGAUCCACUGCAACCUCAAACUGUGAUCAAAAAAGAUCAGUUUAAAGAAAUGAAGAAUGAUCAUUUAGAAUUAGAACCUUUUGUUGUAUGUGGUGAUUGUGGUAGAAAGCAACACCAAAUAUGUGUUCUACACUUAGAGCAAAUUUGGACAAGUGGUUUUGUGUGUGAUAAUUGUUUGAAAAAGAAAGGUGCUAAACGGAAAGAAAAUAAAUUUAAUGCUAAGAGAUUGCCAGUAUCAAAAUUAGGCAUAUAUAUUGAAACAAGGGUAAAUAAUUAUUUGAAAAAGAAAGAAGCAGGUGCUGGUGAAGUUCACAUACGAGUUGUAGCUAGCUCAGACAAAGUUGUUGAAGUCAAACCAGGCAUGAGAAGCAGGUUUGUUGAGAAUGGAGAAUUGCGAGGUGAAUUUCCAUAUCGUGCAAAGGCCUUAUUUGCUUUUGAAGAGGUAGAUGGAACUGAUGUAUGUUUUUUUGGAAUGCAUGUUCAAGAGUAUGGAUCUGAGUGUCCUGCACCUAACACAAGGAGAGUUUAUAUUGCAUACUUGGAUUCUGUACAUUUUUUUCAGCCUAGGCAAUACAGAACGGCUGUUUAUCAUGAAAUUUUAUUAGGUUAUAUGGACUAUGCAAAACAAUUAGGUUAUACAAUGGCUCAUAUAUGGGCCUGUCCCCCGUCAGAAGGUGAUGACUAUAUUUUUCACUGCCAUCCAGUUGAACAAAAAAUUCCUAAGCCAAAGCGAUUACAAGAGUGGUAUAAGAAAAUGCUUGAUAAAGGCAUUAUAGAAAGAAUUAUAUUAGAUUAUAAGGAUAUCUUAAAACAAGCAAUGGAAGACAAAUUAUGCAGUGCAGCGGAUUUACCUUAUUUUGAAGGAGAUUUCUGGCCUAAUGUAUUAGAAGAAAGUAUAAAGGAAUUAGACCAGGAAGAAGAAGAAAAGCGAAAACAGGCAGAAGCUGCAGAAGCUGCUGCUAAUGCUAUAUUUUCGCAUUCGGAUGAUAAUGAGAUUGGCCCAGAUGGGAAGAAGAAAGGCCAAAAGAAAGCUAAAAAAUCAAACAAAUCCAAAUCUAGCCAGCGAAAAAAUAGUAAGAAAUCUAAUGAACAGCAAACUGGUAAUGAUUUAAGUGCAAAAAUUUUUGCUACCAUGGAGAAACAUAAAGAAGUCUUUUUUGUCAUCCGACUUCACAGUGUUCAGUCCGCUGCAAGUUUGGCUGCUAUUCAAGAUCCUGAUCCUUUGCUUAACUGUGACCUUAUGGAUGGUAGAGAUGCAUUCUUAACUAUGGCACGUGACCGGCAUUAUGAAUUCAGUUCUUUAAGAAGAGCUCAAUUUUCCACUUUGUGCAUGCUUUGGGAAUUGCAUAAUCAAGGUCAAGAUAAGUUUGUUUAUACUUGCAAUGCUUGUAAGUCCCAUGUGGAAACUCGUUGGCAUUGCUCUAUAUGUGAUGAUUUUGAUCUGUGUACCAAAUGCUACAAGAAAGAGGACCAUCCACAUAAAAUGGACAAACUCGGCUUGGACAUUGACGACGGUUCAACCCCUGCUGACCAGAAACAGACAAAUCCUCAAGAUGCUAGAAAAUUAUCAAUACAGCGUUGCAUACAGUCAUUGGUACAUGCUUGCCAAUGUAGGGAUGCUAAUUGUCGUCCACCUUCUUGCCAUAAGAUGAAACGUGUUGUACAACACACUAAAAAUUGUAAGAGGAAGACAAAUGGUGGAUGUCCAAUUUGUAAGCAAUUAAUUGCUUUAUGCUGUUAUCAUGCUAAGCAUUGUCAAGAAACUAAAUGUCCAGUACCUUUCUGUUCAAGUAUAAAACAUAAACUUAAACAACAGCAAUUACAGCAAAGAUUACAGCAAGCACAAUUGCUUCGUAGACGUAUGGCUGCAAUGAAUACCAGAACUGUAACAUCAGGCACAAUAAGUGACAGUCCUGUGGGAAGUGGGACGGGUAUGUCAGGCAUGUCUAUGAGUGGUGCAGGUGCAAUGUCACCUGAUGUACAAAGCCCAGCAUCAUCAGCACAACAAUCUCAGCAACCUGGGUUAACUGGAGCUGGUCCUGCGUCUCAUGGAGGAAUAGGAAUGAAAGCAGGCACACAGACACCACCAGCCAGUGUAUUGCAAGUGGUUAAGCAAGUUCAAGAGGAAGCUGCGCGCCAGCAAGCACCUCAUGGGGGUGGCGCUUAUGGUAAAGGCACAUCCACUGGUGGUCCUGGUUCUGUUCAGAUGCAACCAAUAAUUGGUAUACAGCAACGACUGCCAGGCCAUCUUACAAAUCAAGUUCAACAGAAUGCAGUUGGGCCACAAGGCAAUUUGGUUUCCAUGGAACAUUGGGUUCCACAGCGUUAUCCAACACAUCAACAAGUUACGACAAUGGCUGGACAGAGGCCGCCUAAUGCAUUAAUGGGUGGUGUGAUGCAUCAGCCUCAGCAGCAGCAAGUGAUUGGAAUGGUGCAAAAUGUGAACCAGCAACAACAUUUUGUGAAUCAAAACCCUGGAAUGCCUGUUGGACAAAUUCGGCCUGGCGGACCACAAAUGACAGGAAUGGGACAACAACCUGUACAACAUAAACAAGCACUGCAACAACUUAUGCAAACUUUGAAAAAUCCUGCUUCAAAUGAUCAACAACAACAAAUACUUAAUAUACUUAAAAGUAAUCCUACACUCAUGGCAGCUUUUAUAAAACAAAGACAGGCGGCUCAAAACAAUGGUGUAGUUGGAAAUAAUUCUGGUGUUCUGGCUAAUCAAGUUGGUCAGCAACAACAGCAACAGCAAGUUGUUCCUCAACAAGGGAUGCAGCCUGGGCAACAUAUGGUGGGAACUCCACAAGGUCCUAAUCCACAUGUUACUGGACAACCUGGUAUGAAUGCAGGUAUGAAGCCUGGAUCAAAUAGAAUGCAGAUUCCUAACAUACUACAACAACAAGGACAGCAGCAAGGUCAUCAAGGAAUGGGAGGUAAUCAAAUGAAUGUUCAACAACAACAGUGGUUCAAGCAGCAGAUGAUGUUGCAACAACGACAACAGCUGCAACAACAGCAGCAGCAGCAGGGUGGAAACUUUGCUGCUCCACCAUAUCCACAGCAAAGGUCGCGAGGGCAACUGCCUGCACAGCUUGGAGGAGUUGGCUCUUACCAGAAUGCCUUUCCAACUGAACAACAAUACAAUAUGCAAGGAAUGAAACCAGUUCCUCCACAAACUCCUUCACCACAAGGCAUGAUGGGCCCACCAACUCACAAUGCAAUUCAACAACAACUAAUGCAACAACAGCAAGCUGUUCGAUCGCCGCCUCCAAUUCGUUCUCCCCAGCCAACACCUUCUCCUAGAGCUGUACCUUCAGCUUCCCCACGGGGGCACCAACAGCAGCCUUCUCCUUCACCUCAUGCCAUGCUUAAUCCUACACAUUCACCUGCCCCAUCUAUUCAAUCUAACCAAUCAGAUCUCACUGACCUACCAGGUAUGACCCCUCAAGAGCAGCUUACCAAAUUUGUUGAUCAACUUUAGUGAUUGUGAGUGCUAAUUACAAUUUUAUCCAGACUUUAUAAAAUUGUUAGUAUGCGAGUGAGUGGAACAAAGGUUGUACAGUGCUGUGUUAUAAAAGAAACAUUUUGUAAGUAAUGAUAAUAUAAAUAACUUAUACAAGAUUAGUUAAUUGAAAAACAUUUUGCAACUUAUAUUAAAUUAUGAAUAAUGUACCAAUUGUACAGAUGUUGGUUUUUGCAACGAUUCAAAAUGAUAUUAAUUUGAUAUCAAGGCCAUGGUAAUUUUAUUAAAUAAUCAUGAUGCAUAGACUA